CGGGCGAGCGGUUUUGCGGCAUUCCUGCUCCUGCUCGCAGCGAGACCGGACGCUGUUGUCGUGGUUCCCGCUUCCUUCGCUUAUCCUUACCCCGGCCCACCCUUUUUCGGCGCUGUCCUUGUUUCCGUCCGCCCUUCUCCGCUCGGCUUGCCCCCCACCCUCUCUUAACCUUCCCCAUUCCCCUCUGUGCUCCGAGGCCGCCUCUCAGCUGGACGUCGCAGUUUAUUUUAGGAGUGUCUGGGAAGUUAUUUUUUGAAGUAAUGCCCACAGAAAGUGGAAGCUGUGCCACUGCUCGCCAAACAAAGCAGAAACGCAAAUCUCACAGUCUUUCAAUACGAAGAACCAACAGCUCUGAGCAAGAGCGAUCGGGAUUGCAGAGAGAGAUGCUGGAAGGCCAGGAUUCCAAACUGCCGACAUCUGUUAGAAAUACACUUCUGGAUCUCUUUGGCCAAAUAGAAAGAGAGUUUGAGAACCUUUACAUUGAAAAUCUUGAAUUACGUAGAGAGAUUGAUACACUUAAUGAGCGCUUAGCAGCUGAAGGCCAAACCAUUGAUGGAGCAGAACUGAGCAAGGGACAGCUGAAAACAAAAGCCAGUCAUAGUACCAGUCAGCUCUCUCAGAAAUUAAAGACUACUUACAAGGCGUCUACCAGCAAGCGCUCAAAUUCUUUCCCAGGCAAAUCAGGUGGACCUCGAAACUUCAACGUGGGAAGCUGGGAAAUAUGGGGUGGAGACUCCUGGAUUGUAUCCAGUUUCAAAACCACAACCUCAAGAGCCAUCUGCCAGCUGGUGAAAGAGUACAUUGGCCAUCGGGAUGGGAUAUGGGAUGUUAGUGUCACAAAAACUCAGCCGGUGGUGCUGGGGACUGCAUCUGCUGAUCACACUGCCCUGCUGUGGAGCAUAGAAACAGGGAAGUGCCUUGUCAAAUACGUCGGGCAUGCUGGAUCAGUAAAUUCCAUAAAGUUCCAUCCAACGGAACAAGUCGGUCUUACAGCGUCGGGAGAUCAGACAGCUCAUAUCUGGAGGUAUAUGGUCCAGUUGCCCACCCCUCAGCCUACUGCAGACUGCAAUCAAAUGUCUGGAGAAGAUGAAGUUGAGUUUUCUGAUAAAGAUGAACCUGAUGGAGACGGAGACGGUUCUAGCGAUUGCCCGACCAUCCGGGCUCCUUUAACCACCCUAAAAAGUCAUCAAGGUGUGGUCAUAGCAGCGGAUUGGUUGGUUGGAGGGAAGCAAGCUGUGACAGCUUCCUGGGAUAGGACAGCAAACCUCUAUGAUGUGGAGACAUCUGAACUUGUGCACUCUCUGACAGGACAUGACCAAGAACUUACACAUUGUUGCACACAUCCCACCCAGCGUCUUGUGGUGACCUCAUCUCGCGACACGACGUUCCGUCUGUGGGAUUUCAGAGACCCUUCUAUCCAUUCUGUGAAUGUCUUUCAGGGCCAUACAGAUACUGUGACUUCAGCAGUUUUCACUGUGGGGGAUAAUGUUGUUUCGGGAAGUGAUGACCGUACUGUGAAAGUUUGGGACUUGAAAAAUAUGCGAUCGCCUAUUGCAACUAUCCGUACAGAUUCUGCAGUGAACAGGAUUAACGUUUGUGUCGGCCAAAGAAUCAUUGCCCUUCCACAUGACAACCGACAGGUUAGAUUAUUUGACAUGUCUGGAGUACGAUUAGCACGGCUACCUCGCAGCAACAGACAGGGUCACAGAAGAAUGGUUUGUUGUUCAGCGUGGAGUGAAGACCACCCAAUAUGCAACCUGUUCACUUGUGGAUUCGAUCGCCAGGCUAUAGGGUGGAAUAUCAACAUCCCUGCCCUGCUUCAGGAAAAAUGAGAUGCUGGAAGAAUUCAUCUUCUUUUCAUUUUUGUUGCCAUAGACUUUUUAACCUUUUUUGCAGACUUUCUUGUAAGCUCGUCUGCUCUCAUUGUAAAAGAUGCGCCUUGAAAAGGGGAUGUGUUGCAGAUAUUGUUAUCACGUUGUGCACAGUUUGCAUGAAAUGUACAGAAAAUGUGACAUUUUCAAAGAAGUUAGGUUCUUGUGUAUGAACUUUUAUAUCUUGGCAUCCACUUGUGAGUAGAAGGAUGUUUGGCUUUCCUACAGAGCAUAUAAGUGUUCAUAAGUUAUUCAGCAUAGUUCAGCAGUAGGGCAUUAUGUUUGACUUAAAUGUGAAUUCUGUGUCAUUAUUGUGAAGAAUAUAUAGUCUGCCUCCCCUCUCCCCCCUUCAUUUUACAUAUCUGCCUUGUGGUUAAAGAGGGUGUUAAGAUGAAGGGUGCAUUUUAUUUAGAAGUAUGAUGGAAAACUUUCUUGCCUCUGUAUGAAGUUUUACUUAAGCACUCCAAUGUAGUGACAGUUCCAACUCCAAUUUAAUUUGGUUGCUGGAAACACAGGGAGACGGUAACACCGAGAACGUCCGUAACAUUUCAAGAACUAACCUAUUUGUUCUCAGCCCAUUGGCCUGAGCACCACACUGUUGUUUUGGAAUUUCACACUCAUGGCGAACGAUGAAAUACUUCAAUCAUGAUAAUCCGAGCAAGCUUUUAAGCACUUUAGUUUAUAGCAGUUGUUAUAAACCAUUUCUGUAAGUGUCAGAUGACUUUCCUAGAGAACGUGAGACUAUCUAAGAAGGAUUUACAUAGCUUUAUUUCUGUGAUAUUUUUCCCCCUGAAGCCAGAGAAUAAACAUUGUUUUGGGUUUUUAAACAAGGCAUCCUGUAUUUCACAUGUUUUAAACAGGAACUUGCCCACCUCAGUUCUGUUUGAGCUGACACCACACUUAUUGAAGCCCAAAGACCUGUGCAGCUAGACUCCUGUUGUGCAAAGGGGGACGCCUGGGCCUCUGUGUUCCUGCAGGAGCAGCCUUUCCCCUGCACUCCACAUAGAAAAAGGCUUUUCAAACUUGGCAUGGUUUCAUUAGCGUGGGGAGGAAGGGUGUGUGUGUGUCAGCUGUUCAAAUUAUAUAUAUAUAUAUAUUAUAUAUAUAAAAUAGGUAUCCCGUGGGCAUUGCCAAGAGCGCAUGGGUGCUGGAAGUCGUUCUUCGGCUCCCUGCCAUUGCAAUUGAGUGCUACCUCAAAAAGAAUGUGGGGCUCCCUUGAGACUUGCUGUUCCACUUCAGAACUUUGCAUCUCCUCCUGAUGUACUCUCUCAAAGAGUAAGAGACAGGCAUAGCCAAAAUUUAACUUACAGUGAAACAUGACUGGUCCGCUCUUUCUCGGCACAGAGGUUCCUGUGCCUGCAGGUUUCCCUUCUCUCUUCCUCAAGAGGAUCUGGAUGGAUUUUGCUCCUUCCAUGUUAAGUCCUGCUUGGUUCAUAUUCUCAAGAUCCUUUUUGCUGCUGAUGUUUUUGGAAAAAAUUUGGAGGGUGCAUUCAAGACUUCUUCGUAAGUGUUGCAUAAGUGGUUCCCCUGUCUAUCCCAGGGCUAAGAACCCAAACGGUUAGAAUGGUCAUGUAGUUUUCUUAUAAAUAGAGUUUAAAAUGAAUUUCUGUCAUUGCAGUCUUGCAAUCAUUUUUAUUUGAAUUGUUGAGAUUGACAUCCUCCCCAGCAUGGUCCAAGACAAAUGUAAGAGGUUGACUUUUUUCACUUACAUAGGAGAGUAUGGGUUGAGAAUAAAGGAAAAAGAGAGCAAAAAUCCUGGAAGCCUGUUGAAGCACAACAUUGUGAGUGAGCAGAUAAGAGCUACGGUAGUUAAUGGAGAAUCUGGAAGAGAAUAUAUGCCAUAAAGAAUAACAGUGGCAUGAUCUCAUUAGGGAAAAAGGUUGUGUGAUCCUAGAGCCCAAGUAGAUACUUAGAACUGCAGCCCUCAUGGGUGAGUAAAUGGUUGGAGUAUGUGAUAACCAUAUGCUGAUUCAGAACGAGUUAUUCUAAUUUUUUAAAAAGAUGAUUGGCGUUUGACUUCAAGCCCAUUGGAUAUGCCUGCUUUCCUCUCCCUACUUCUUUUUAGGAGAACCCUUGCAGUUUUUUUUCAAGUCAUACAAUUCAGCUCUAUUCAAUCUCUUCCCCUGUCCAUGUCAAAAUAAGUUGUAAAUUACUUUAUUGUGCGUUCAGGAAACAAGAUUUGGUGUAUUUAGAUUGCAGUUGCCACAGAGAGAUGGGGUGGGGUGGGGUGGAGGGAGUAGCUGUAGCAACCCUGGGAGUUCAUCCCUUGAUUCGUGAGAGAAACCAAAGUAAGGCCGAACUCUUUAGUGCAUCUGCAGAUUUGUCACUAUUAAAACAAUUCUCUCAUUCCCCGUGAGCUCCUUGUCUCAUAGAAUGAAAGGCGUUCCAGCUGAACUUCUGCACAUUUUAUGAGCAAUAAGUCAUCUGUAUGGACUAUACCAAAAUGGACUGGGCAGAAGCUUGACUGCCUAUUGGUCAGUGACUGGGGCUUUCCUGUUGAGUCUUGGACUCUAAUUGCAUGGAUAGUUCAUAGGACUGACGUCUGUAAGGUUUUCUACAAUCAAUUCAAAAUAAUGCAGGAAUGUAUGGUUUUGAUGCCGCCCCUUGUUUCUAUGCUCAGGAUCAAUGGAUCAACCUCUGCUAGCAGAGCUGCCGAGGUACUCGUUCUCAUGUCAACCUCAACACUGCGGUUUCUUUGAGAGGAGCAAACAAAUUCCUCAACUUGACUUCUGCAAUGUCUUAAACACUGUGUGAAGGUGAUAGGUUCCAUCCCAACAGUAGCUGAAUGGUAAAAAAAUGAAAAAAAUUGUACUAAGUUAUACAUUUCACUUUCAGGGGUCUCUUCCUCAAAGUGGGAAGGCAUUCUUGCUGCUUUGAUUAUUGGUCUAUUUGUGUCCCACACAUUUCACAUAAAAGGAAGGAAAAUGGCUGUUACAUAUUUUCAGUAUUGAGAGUUAGUUUUGCUAAAGAUAGCAGUAUCACUGGGCAAAUGGCAAAGACUUGUCUGUCUCUGUCUCGUUGUGUGUACGUGUGUUCUUUAAAAAUGCACAUCGUUUUUUUUUCAGAUGGAAAACUGUAAAAAUAUUUCAGGAUCAAAAAAUCUUAUUUUCGAAGCAUAAGUCUUUGAAAAUCGGCUUCCUCAGAGGAGGAAAAAUCCUGUACUUGUAUGUUAAUGUAAAACCCCUUUUUUAAUUUACUGGUGAUUUGUUUGUGUUUUUUUAGAUGUUCAGUGUUUGUCUUCGUUGCA